AUGGAGUGUAUGCUUUUGCUGUGUCCUGCAGCUAAUCAGUCAGAUUGUCGGCCUUGUAGCCCACUGUCCAAGGAACACCAGAAAAACUGGAACAGAUAUAUUGACUUAUUGCUGUCGAAUUGGGAAGACAAGCUACACCUUCCUACCUAUUAUCGCGAAUUGAAAGCACACCCUUUUUGUUGUACUCCAGGUCCAGGCUAUUCCUGUCGUCUAAAUCUUAUUCACGAACCUCGCAAAGAACCUCGGCAAUUCUAUGAUCUCACGUGUGCGAAAGAUGACUUUUUUACUCCCAUUAAGUGUCAGCAAGAUAAUGACAUUAGAUGUUGUUCGGAAAAGCAUUGUAAUGUUCCUACAUCAGAGGAACUCAUGCUGCUUGUCAAAGACAGCCCUUCGGAUCUAUAUCUUGUGGCUAUAUCUUUGCUAACCAUACUAUGCAUCAUCCUUUUUAUUGUAUCUGGAACUUUAUACUUCCUCUGGAGAAGGAAAUCAGAUCGGCAAAAACAGAUCUCUUCUCAGAAUGGUAUUACAUCUGAUCAUCUAUGGACAUCAGAUAAUAUUGAUAACAAAUACUUGAAGGGACCCCUGCAAGUACCAGACACUUUAACUGUGAAUAAUACCUAUCCUGAAAACGCAAGAGUAUUUUCCAAUGAUCCUUCUGCUGUUUCUGCCGGAAUAACUAGCCGUGGCGCUAGUAGUCUGAGCCAUUUUGGCAGUGGCGCUUUGGGAGCCACUCCUGGAAAUAUUAAUUCAUGUUCGAAUUCCCCUACUGGAGCUAUGACCAUCACUAGUUCGGGAUCAAAUUCCGCUAUGCCUACAACAGGUACUAUUCCUGCAGACUUGAUGGACCACACCUGCAGUGGGUCAGGUUCCGGAAAACCUUUACUAGUUCAGCGAACGGUCGCUAGGCAAGUUCAGUUGGAAGAACGUAUCGGCGAAGGUCGAUAUGGUGUUGUAUGGCGAGGUGUUUGGCAAGGUGAUCUAGUAGCCGCUAAAAUAUUUUCUAGUCGAGAUGAACGCUCUUGGUUUCGAGAGACAGACAUUUAUCAGACGGUGAUGUUACGUCAUGCAAAUAUUCUAGGUUUUAUUGCAGCUGAUAAUAAGGAUACAGGAUUGUCUACUCAAUUAUGGCUUAUAACUGACUAUCAUCCUUUGGGAUCAUUAUAUGAAUUUCUACAGCAGCAUUGUCUGACGCCGUUUGCCCUUUUACGGGCUGUUGCAUCAAUUACUAAUGGUCUGGCACAUUUGCACAUGGAAAUUACUGGGACACAAGGUAAACCUGCUAUAGCUCAUCGUGAUCUGAAAUCUAGAAAUAUCUUAGUUAAAAUGGAUGGUGAAUGUUGUAUUGGAGAUUUAGGUUUUGCUCUUAAAUUAGACUCAUUUAUGAGUUCUGCAUUAGAAGUCAAUUCAAACUCAGAUCGUGUUGGAACCAAACGUUAUAUGGCUCCUGAAGUAUUAGAUAAUACAAUACGUUUAACUAGUCCAGAAGCAUUUAAACAAGCUGAUAUGUACAGUUUAGGUCUGGUAUUUUGGGAGGUUACAAGACGAUGCUAUGUUCGUAAUUUAUUCGGACCAGAUGAAUAUCAACUACCUUAUCAAGAUCUUGUGUCUGCAGAUCCUUCAGUGGAAGAAAUGAAGUCUAUUGUUUGUGAACAAGGUCUACGACCAGGUCUACCAGCCAUAUGGUCGAAGCAUGAAAUUAUCCGAGCACUACAAGAUAUAAUGAGUGAAUGUUGGUAUGCUAGUCCAUCGGCUAGACUAUCAGCUAUGCGUGUUAAAAAAUCACUAGCUGGUGUACGCAAACAAUUAGAUACUAAUCCAGCAUUGUCGGAUCUUUCACAUACUAAUUAUCUACCUCCAGAAGCUACUGAUAAGCUUCCUUUUGGCAUAAUUCGUUGUCCAUCUGUGCCACGUAAUACAAUGAAUAAUAAUACUAAUACUAUUAAUAAUCAACUAAUAAAUUUGUUACCAAAUCUUACAAGUACCGGUUCUAUUGGUGCUGCUACUACACCUGGUAAUAAAUCACUCAUCUCAGGAAAUCAUAUCAAUACUACUUAUAAUGAUACUAAUAAUCCUAUAUUAACCACUACCAUUACCAUUACACCUACAACAAUACUCAAUAGUAAUAAUAUUCAUCAUAGAAAUUGUCAAUGUAAUGAUGGUAAUAAUAUGUUAUAUUCAUCAUUAUUAUAUAAAAAUGGAAAUAAUCCUUCGUAUUGGUCAAAUUGUGAAUAUGAUAAAUUAUUAUUAUUCAAUACACACAAUAAUAAUGAUGAUAACAAUACUACUAACAAUACUACUAAUCAUCAUCAUCCUAAUGAAGAAUCCAAUAACAAUAGUAAUUCAAAGCAUUUAUAGUCAUCAAUCGAUCUUCCUCCGUUAUAAUAAGGGAAAAAAAGAGACUGGUCAUUAUGAGUAGACGAGAACAAGAGGAGGAUUGCACCCUCUUUAUAAAUACUCUUGUAUACUUUCUUAGCUUGUAUUUUACUACAUUGAACUCUGUCUUAAAUUAUUUAUCCUAUGCAUAUAUAAUAUGCAUUAUUUUCAUUCUUUGUUUGUUGUUUCUGUCAAUGUGUAAAUGAGUGUAUUCUUACCAUCAUCGUAUUGUGUAUCGUCAUUAUGCUGAACUCUAUCGUCUUGUUUCAUAUUCGUUGCUGUGUUUUGUUUUUAUAUUUAACGCUUUUUAGAUUACUACUAAAGACACGUGUAUAUGAUGUUACGUGGGUUUUUUUCACUCUCUUGAUUUUAUUUCCCAAAAAAUCAUCUAUUUUGUUGUCAUGAUAAGUAUGUAUGUAUGUAUGUAUGUAUGUAACUGUAUUUUGUAUGUACAGUUCCACAGAUUGUUCAUGUUCACACGUGCAAUCCUUAUUUCUUUCUUUUAUCACACAACUCAACCGUUUUCUUGUAUUAACCUCCACUUUGUCUAUAUAUUAUUCCUAAGUUUAUUAGGCGUUCCUUUGUUUUAUGUAUUUCUUUAUAUUGGCACUCCUGGAAUGUCUUUCUUUGAAUUUCACACAUACACUAUCUCCUCACUAAAAUCAUCCUCAACACACCAGUACCUACAUAUUUUCCGGUUUAUGUUUUAUUUUAUCCCACAUCUGUCCUACCAACUUAAACUGCACAUAUACACAAAACCUUUCCCUUGACUUCAUUUAGCUUGAUGUAUGUGUUUUAUGUAAAUUUGUGUUUCAUUCAUAUAAAUCAGGAAGAUUCUAGAAGUCCUACACUAGUAGUAGUAGUAGAACAAUAAUAUAUUCUCCAAUUAUGCUGAUGAAGUAAAUACAGUAAUGUUGAUAGUUCUAGUAGAAUUUAGUUACUAUUACUAUCAUUCAUUACUUAUUUACAUUGCAUUAUGCUUUCGUUUGUUAUCAUUCUAUUUCAGUUAACCAUAAACAAGAUGAAACAAUUCAGCAUAUAUAUAUAUCCAUAUUUGUCUAAAAAAUUAACUGACUGCCAUGUGAUUUCCGUAUAUAUUUAUACAUAUACGUAAGGUGACUUUUUUUCCAGUUUUUAUUCCUUCUCUCAUGUUUUCAGUUGUCAUCGAGACUGUGUAUUCUGUUUUUUUUUUAAUAAAUAUUCUUCUCUAACAAAUGCCGGUUAUUGCUAGUUACCCACUGUUGUUGUUGUCAUCAUUGUUGCAUAUUGAUGCCUUUUUCUUCACUUCUAUUAUUAUUAUUGUUUUAACUUUAUUACUUGCCUAUGACGUAACGAUCUAUUUCAGAAGUGAGUAGUAAUAGUUACCUGAGAUUCUACUUUUUUUUGUUUUGUUUACUUUUACUCUUUUUUUUCAAAUUACUGGUGCUAUUUUGGAAUUGUCUUUAUUUUUAUUUUAUUUAUCACAAAAAAUAAAUUUAUUUUUCUUAUGUAAAAUAUUAAUUUGUGUAUGUAUACGCAAAAGAGAAAGUGCAUUAU